AUGCAUCGGUCGUCGAGCUACUACCUGUCAUCCUCUUCGUCGUCGUCGUCUUCUGCGGUGGCGGCGUCGUCGGUGCCUGGUGGGCCGAGCGGGAAUGCGGGGAUGGACGUGAACCAGCUGCCGGUGUACGACCCGCACUCGGACACGGCCAAGAAAGAGGCCCUCGACGCCUCCCGUGCCAACCUCGCCCACGCCCUUGUCCACCUCGUCCCCGUCGUCGUCCUCCUCUGCGGGCUCCUCCUCUGGUCGCUCUCCACCACCCCCGUCCCCCCUCCGCCGAGGUGGGCGUGA